UUUCGGUGAAGCGCCGCUCCCUGAUUGGACGAUCGCCUCGGGGCACGGGGCCCACAUUUUGGAGGCUCACGUCUCGUUUUUUACGCAAGCCUCCAGCGUUGCACUGGAUGCGGGACGGAAACACUGUCUCUUCAAUUUGUGUCACAACAACAAAACACGAAAGAUCAUUGAAAGAAUGGAGGUCUUGGAGAGGCUGUGGCUGCUGACGGCGAUCUUGGCCUCGACUUUGCUCGUCGUGCAACAGGUCGAGUCGUGCAACGAGGCCCUUUGCGCGCCCGUGGUCAGCAAGUGCAUGUUGACGCAGUCCUGCAAGUGCGAGUUGACCAUCAAGAACGACUGCACCUGUUGCAAGGAGUGCUUCAUGUGCCUCGGUGACAAGUACACCGAUUGCUGCUCGUGUGUUGGCAUUUGCCCAAAAAAGAACGACACAAAGUCGUUGGGCGAUUUGAGCAAGCAGAGCAACGUCGAGGACUUCAACGACGACUACACUGGUCUGUUCACUUUGUACACCGACCACCCUGACGAGUUCAACAGGUGGAAAACUUUCACUUACCCAGUGGAGAUCGACAUCUCGACGUACAACCCGAAAGUUGAGAAAGACAUCAAGUACCAAACAAUUGAUAAUGAAGAGCAGAAGGUGCACAACACCAAGGACAAAGUUGUGAUUUUGAACUGCACAGUCAUCUUCCAAACGCAAUGCAUGUCGUACACCAAGUGCAGGGACACCUGUCUCACCAUGGGAGCGUCCAGCGUCAGGUGGUUCCACGACGGGUGUUGCGAGUGUGUCGGAGAAUCUUGCAUCAACUACGGAAUAAAUGAGAGCAGGUGUACUGAUUGUCCGAUGAAGAGAGGUGAUGACGAGUUUGACGUGGACAAGAAUGACUUGGUCUACGAUUCAGAAGUUGUACCUGACGAGGAGGAGAAACCUUUGGACUAUGAAGAGGCGACCAGUCGGAAAGUACCUCCCGAAGAAGAGGAGGUCAAGAAAGAGUGACCUUUAGGCAUUUUACUCUAAGAAUCUCCGCUGUGCCAUUUUAUGCCUUCCAAUUCAUGGACUGAUGGGUUAAAUAUUUUAUAUUUUUUUGUAUUUAUCUAUCAAACAUAUCCAAAUACUUAUAACCUACUUUCCGAGAGAUCAACAAAUUUUAAUACUCGCUUAAUUUGUAUCGUAAAGUGAAAUGACAAUUAAAGUAAUAAUCUCUGUUUAAUAA